AGCAUCCGCUCCCACACACCUCCAACCCCCCCUUCCUGUUGCCUGUGCAGCCCGCCUCACAAUGCUCCAGCAGCGGUCGUCACGGCUGCUCUCGUCGCUGUCCCAUUGCGCCCCCCGCGCGCCGGCAGCGCCGCUCAGCGCCGCAUUGCGAUGUCGGACCCAGAGGCCGUACAGCAUCCACGCCGAUGCCUCUGUUGGCGACAAGAUCCAGGGCAUAGAUCCCUCCAAACUCACCAUCGCCCGGACGGCCAAGCCAAAGGACCUGCUGCCGCCCGAGGAGCUCGUCUUUGGCCGCAACUUCUCAGACCACAUGCUCUCGCUCGAAUGGACGGCUACCCAAGGAUGGCUCCCCGCGCGCAUCACGCCCUACCAGAACCUCAGUCUCGAUCCCGCCACGUGCGUCUUCCACUAUGCCUUUGAGUGCUUCGAGGGCAUGAAGGCCUACAAGGACAAGAACGGCAGCAUCCGCCUCUUCAGGCCGGACAAGAACAUGGCCAGGUUGAACAAGUCGUCGGCACGCAUUGCAUUGCCCACCUUUGACCCUGAUGCCCUGACGGAGCUCAUUGGCAAGUUUGUCAAGGAGGACGAGCGCUUCGUUCCCGAUGCGCGCGGAUACUCGCUCUACCUGCGCCCUACCAUGAUUGGCACUCAGCGCACCCUCGGCGUAGGCCCUCCGGCCUCUGCACUGCUCUACGUGAUUGCUUCGCCAGUCGGCCCCUACUAUCCCACGGGCUUCAAGGCCAUUUCGCUCGAGGCUACCGACUACGCCGUGCGUGCAUGGCCCGGAGGUGUCGGAGACAAGAAGCUUGGUGCCAACUACGCCCCUUGCAUCGUGCCACAAAUGCAGGCUGCCAGCCGUGGGUUCCACCAGAACCUGUGGCUGUUUGGCGAGGAGGAAUACAUCACCGAGGUCGGCACCAUGAACCUGUUUGCCGCCCUAAAGAACAAGGAGACGGGCCAGCCCGAGCUGCUCACUGCGCCGCUCGACGGCACCAUUCUCGAGGGCGUCACGCGCGACUCGAUCCUCCAGCUGGCACGGGAGCGACUGGAGCCCAAGGGAUGGAAGGUGACGGAACGCAAGUUCACCAUGAAGGAGGUGGCCGACGCAGCCGACGAGGGCCGCAUGAUGGAGAUCUUUGGCGCGGGGACGGCUGCCAUUGUCGCGCCGGUGCGAAAGAUCAGCUGGAAAGGACGCCUUGUUGACUGUGGGCUCGCGGACCACGUCGAAGCUGGCCCCGUUGCCCAGCAGAUGAAGGAAUGGAUGGAGGCUAUUCAGUAUGGUGACGAGGACCACCCAUGGAGCUACAAGGUCCUCUGAGGAACACGCGUGCGGUGGCGGGCAUGUUCUCUGGAAGCGUGUUUUGCUGCAACAGGCGUGGAAUAGAUAGACACGGUGGAGGGCAUGUUGGUGUCAGUGCCGCGGGCACAGGUAGAGUGGGGCGAAGACGUAGACAAGGCAAUAGAUUUCCCCGCAGGCUCCCGGAGCAUGGCCGCAGCGCUGUCUCGGGCGCAGUUGGAGGCGCCCGGCACGUGUGGACGGCUGCGUGCGUUUGUGAGGCGUGGAUAUACUUGCACAGGCUGGCGGUGGGGUGGAUGCGCGGCGUGCCUGGCGACAUGACGUUGGUGUGGCAUC